AUGACGGCGAGCUCUGAUGAGGGUGAAAUUGUUGAGCAGAGAGCUGGGGAUUUGAAGGCAACUUCACUGUCGCACGCAGAGAGAAACGGUGUUGACCGUCAGGAUAGACAGCGGAAUAGAUAUUCCUCGCCCGACUUCGAUACGACAUCCAGAUACAGCAACUCGUCUCGACGAAGCCGCUCGCCCCCACGAGGAUACAAGCGGUCGCGCGAUGAUAGGGAUCAGUUCCCUCCUGCCAGAGCCCGAGAUCAAGAUUCUCGCCAUGAUCGCGGCGCCUACGACGACUAUAGGAGGGAUGAGCACAAAAGAUCGCGCCUCGCAUAUGACGAUCUCGACCGCCCAGCGCCACGCACUUCGAACCAAGGCUACGACUGGCGCAGUCGUAGGGACCGAGAGCGCGAUCGGAGUCGCGAACGGGAUCGAUACCACCGCGGCCGAGACCGAUAUUCUGAACGUUCAUCGCCUCGCCCUCGAAGCCCUUCCCCUCGCCAAUACCGUCGGGGAGACAAGCGAGCUGGCGAUCGAUUUGUCCGGGAAGGCUACUCUGACCGGCGCGAUUCAAGGGAACUGCGGUACGAUGACGCCGAUGUAGGCGCUCGAGGCAACAAUUUUGCAGCUAGGAAAGCCUCCGUAGGAGAUUCAAACCAGGCACUGAAAGGUCAUGCUAAAUCUGACAAGGAUACUACUGAAAACGGCGAUUCAGCUGCUACAGCUACGUCGAGGUGGGUUGAACACUUUCUCUCUUUUGUAAAGACAAUCAAAAAAAUAAAAGCUAACACAGAGGCCAGAGAUGUUCCAAUGGAUGACUACGAAGAGCCGGAAGAAUUUGACGAGGAAGCAGAGAUCGAACGCCGCCGCAAGAGGCGUGAGGAGCUCAUGGCGAAAUCCAGCUCAGCAACGCCCCUCCUCCUUCACGCUGUCGGAGCUGCCACAUCCAAAGCACAAGCACUGUCGCCUGCCUCUUUUCAAUCCGACACGCCGCAAGUAUCUCAACGGUCAGACAGCAAAAUGUCCCAGUCUCCGCGGUCAAACUUUGCCUCACCUGGAUCGCCUCUGUCACACGACGCGCCGUCUCCCGGAGCAAUGGAUGUCUUUGAUGGCAAAGAUCUCGUAAACUCACAUGGAGCAGUCAAAGCCAACGACGAAGAUGGCCCCUCUGCUGCUGAUUAUGAUCCGACCGUCGACAUGAUGGAAGAUGGACGUAGAGACGAACUGCGUCAUGGACAAGUCGUCAUCCACGGCGAGCCUGAACCUGCGGCGGCGAUUGAGCAGAACCCUGCCAAAGAAGCACCCAGUGCGUCGCCACAGAAGCCGCCUGCAGGCGACGGAGACGAAGAUGACGACUUUGACAUGUUUGCAGAGGAUUUCAACGAGGAAAAGUACGCAAGCAAAGCCCAGGUCACCGAAACGGCAGCGCCCGAUGAAGCAACAGAGGCGGUAGAAGCCGUUGAUAAGGGAGGCAUUCUCGAAGGCGAUGAUAAGGACGGAUAUUACAAGAUCCGUAUUGGUGAAGUCCUCAACGGUCGUUAUCAGGUCCAGGCCACGCUUGGCAGGGGUAUGUUCUCAGGAGUUGCACGCGCCGUUGACAUCACUACCAAACAGCUUGUCGCCAUCAAGAUGAUGCGGAACAAUGACGCCCUGCGCAAGGGAGGUUAUACGGAAAUCGCCAUCCUUCAGAAACUCAACGACGCUGAUCCUGAAAACAAGCGGCAUAUUGUCAAGUUUGAGCGUUCCUUUGACCACCGAGGACAUCUUUGUAUGGCCUUUGAGAAUCUGAGUAUGAACUUGCGCGAAGUCUUGCGUAAAUUUGGCAACAACGUGGGCAUCAACUUGAAAGCGACAAAAGCAUAUGCGUACCAAUCCUUUGUCGCGCUGGCUCACAUGCGCAAAUGCAGCAUCAUUCAUGCCGAUCUGAAGCCUGACAAUAUCUUGGUCAAUGAGACUCGAAGCAUUCUCAAGAUAUGCGAUCUGGGAACGGCAAUCGACCGUUCUGAUGCUGCAACCGCACAUACGGAGAUCACUCCGUACCUUGUGAGCCGUUUCUACAGAGCCCCCGAGAUCAUUCUAGGCAUGCCAUAUGACUACGGCGUGGACAUGUGGUCUAUAGGCUGUACCCUGUACGAGCUCUACACGGGCAAGAUUCUAUUCGCCGGAGACAGUAACAACCAGAUGCUCAAGGCCAUCAUGGAGAUUCGCGGUCGAAUCACGCCGAAGCUCUAUAAACGAGGUCAGCUAUCAGGUGUCCAUUUUGACGACCAGGGGCAGUUUGUCAGCGUCGAGCGCGACAAGGUACUUGGCAAGACGGCACUACGGACGCUCAACAUUGUUAAGCCGACACGGGAUCUACGCACACGACUCCUCGCUGCCUCGGGCGGUAUGAACGACGCAGAAAGCAGGGAGCUCAAUCACUUCAUCGACCUGUUGGAUCAUUGCCUGGCCUUGAAUCCUGACAAGAGAAUCAAACCGGCGGACGCGCUCAAGCACCCCUUCUUCACCACUCGCUCUGGAGCACCGCGGCGGUAG